GAAAGCUGGGAUCGUAGAUGGUCGGUGUAAAAGAGGAUAUGAAGAUGGAACGAAGUAUAGGAGAUGGGGACGCUGCUUCAAAAGCCGCCGCUGCUUCCAAAAACCCAAAUUCCAUAAGCUGCCGUUGCUUCUGAGUCAUCUCUCUGUUCGUGGAGCACCUGCAGAAUUUCCAUGCGUACAUCAUUUUCAAUUUGGGGGUUCUGUUUUUUCUUCUUCUAGUUUCCAUGAUUGCUAUCCAAAAUUGAAAAGUUGGGGGAAAUGGUUGCAUAAGAAGUAAUCGGGGAAGAGGAUUCGCCGCUUCGAUCUAAAAGGGGUAGAGGAUUCGCGUGGGGAAUGGAAAAAUUGGAGAAGAACCCUAAAAUUGAAUUUGGGGAAAAGUUGGGGAAGAUGGGUUGCGCAGAUGAGGAAUAUGAGAGUAUUUUUUUUAAUUUAUAAUUUGUAAUUAUUAAAUAAUUGAAAUAUCUAACGUGUCACUAUUUAUUUAUGUGGCGCUGACGUGUCCGCUGAAUUGGCGCCUCGUCAGUCGACCGUCAAAUAAGUUGACGGUGUUAUUAACGGUGUUAUUAACAACGUUAUAGUUUCUAAUGGAAAUGGCUAUAUCUGCCACGCAACAUCUUUCAAAAGUGGCUAUUAGUGGUAUUUCGCCAAAAGUGGCUAUAAGUGACACAAAGGUGAUAGUUUUGGCUAUGCAAGUGAAUUUUGCCUUUAUUUUAUGGCAUUGGCGGUAAUCAUUUUACCUUCUGGACAUAGGAUUGGAUGGUUUGUGUUUGGGCCUAAAGCAUAUUGGGCCAUCGACCUUAAAACCCGUUUACUGUUUUGAAAAGGAGAAUUUUCUUAGACGCGUUAACAAGCUAGCUAUUGACCUCUCCGAAAUCGCAAACCAAGCCAUAGCCGUCCAUAUCCCAUCCAACGGCUCUUAUUCUCUCGAACCUUCUGGAAUUCCGGCACCCUCCAGCUUUGCCCUACGCUCCCCGCCCCCAAAGCUUAUAAAAUAACAUUGAGCUCUACACCGUGUUCCUCCACUUAGAUCUGAAAGAGAAGCUCGAAAACCCUAAUCGAGCUUUUCAGAUCUACAUUUACUUUCCGUUGUGUUUCUAAGCUUUAUUAGUUAACUUCGUUGUUCUUGUUUCUUCCUCUCCGGCGACGAUAUGGCUAAAGGUGAAGGUCCCGCCAUCGGUAUCGAUCUCGGAACUACAUACUCCUGCGUAGGAGUAUGGCAGCACGACAGGGUCGAGAUCAUCGCCAAUGAUCAGGGUAACAGGACGACUCCGUCCUAUGUUGCCUUCACUGAUACCGAGCGUUUGAUCGGCGAUGCCGCAAAGAAUCAGGUCGCCAUGAACCCCAUCAACACCGUCUUUGACGCAAAGAGGUUGAUUGGGCGGAGAUUCACCGAUGAGUCUGUUAAGAGUGACAUGAAGCUAUGGCCUUUCAAGUUGGUCCCCGGUGCCGGAGACAAGCCCAUGAUUGUUGUCACCUACAAGGGCGAGGAGAAGACCUUUGCCGCUGAGGAGAUUUCUUCCAUGGUGCUCAUCAAGAUGCGUGAGAUUGCAGAGGCCUAUCUUGGCACCACCAUUAAGAAUGCCGUUGUGACAGUUCCAGCUUACUUCAACGAUUCCCAGAGGCAGGCCACCAAGGAUGCCGGAGUUAUUGCUGGUCUCAAUGUUAUGAGAAUCAUCAAUGAGCCUACCGCUGCUGCCAUUGCUUAUGGUCUUGACAAGAAGGCCACAAGUGUUGGGGAGAAGAAUGUGUUGAUCUUUGACCUUGGAGGUGGUACUUUUGAUGUUUCCCUCUUAACAAUUGAAGAGGGUAUCUUUGAAGUGAAGGCAACAGCUGGAGACACUCACCUUGGUGGCGAAGAUUUUGACAACAGAUUGGUGAACCAUUUUGUUCAGGAGUUCAAGAGGAAGAACAAGAAGGAUAUCAGUGGAAACCCCAGAUCACUCAGGAGGUUGAGGACUGCCUGUGAAAGAGCGAAGAGGACCCUCUCAUCCACCGCCCAGACCACCAUCGAGAUUGAUUCCCUCUAUGAGGGUAUUGAUUUCUACUCCACCAUCACCCGUGCCAGAUUUGAGGAGCUCAACAUGGAUCUCUUCAGGAAGUGCAUGGAGCCAGUGGAGAAGUGUUUGAGGGAUGCUAAGAUGGACAAGAGCACUGUCCAUGAUGUUGUCCUCGUCGGUGGAUCGACCAGGAUUCCUAAGGUGCAACAGCUGCUCCAGGACUUCUUCAACGGCAAGGAGCUUUGCAAGAGCAUCAACCCUGAUGAGGCAGUUGCUUAUGGUGCUGCAGUCCAGGCUGCCAUCUUGAGUGGUGAAGGCAAUGAGAAGGUUCAGGAUCUUCUCCUGUUGGAUGUCACUCCUUUGUCCCUUGGUCUCGAGACUGCUGGAGGUGUCAUGACUGUCUUGAUUCAAAGGAACACCACCAUUCCCACCAAGAAGGAGCAGGUAUUUUCCACCUACUCAGACAACCAGCCUGGUGUGCUUAUCCAAGUGUAUGAGGGUGAGAGGGCCAGGACCAAGGACAACAACUUGCUCGGCAAGUUUGAGUUGUCUGGCAUUCCACCAGCACCAAGAGGAGUACCACAGAUCAAUGUGUGCUUCGACAUUGAUGCCAAUGGUAUCCUCAACGUCUCUGCCGAGGAUAAGACCACCGGACAGAAGAACAAGAUCACCAUCACCAACGACAAGGGUAGGUUGUCCAAGGACGAGAUUGAGAAGAUGGUCCAGGAGGCUGAGAAGUACAAGUCUGAGGAUGAGGAGCACAAGAAGAAGGUGGAGGCCAAGAAUGCCGUGGAGAACUACGCCUACAACAUGAGGAACACCAUCAAGGAUGAGAAGAUUGCUGAGAAGCUGGAUGCAGCUGACAAGAACAAGAUUGAGGAUGCCAUCGAGAAGGCCAUCCAGUGGCUGGACAACAACCAGCUCGGUGAGGCUGAUGAGUUCGAGGACAAGUUGAAGGAGCUUGAAGGCAUUUGCAAUCCCAUCAUCGCCAAGAUGUAUUCCGCAGGUGGCGGCCCUGGCAUGCCUGCUGGUGGCAUGGAUGAGGAUGAUGUUCCUCCUUCAGGUGGCAGCGGUGCUGGUCCCAAGAUCGAGGAGGUGGACUAAGUUCUCUGGCUAGAUUCUUUCUCAUGCCUGGGGUUUUUACAAUUAUGAGUCGUUGAAUUUGGAUUUUGUUUUGCUUUUUGCAUUUGGAUAUUGCUGGGGGAGGGUUAAGCGAUUGCAAGCUGGUUAGCUUGCUUAUUUUGAACUGGUACGCUUAUGUUUUUUUUGCAUCAUGAAUGACAUUACCUCCCUUUGCCAAUUCUUUGUGCACUAUUUCUUUUUGGAUGCUUCUAUUCCUUCUUGCCUUGCUACAUUCUGCAACUAGCAACUGUGAUUAGUUUGUCAAAAUUUGGUACUAUCCACCAUCCAGUGUCGUCUGUGCUGUUUCAUAACCCUUGUCCUCUUUUCUUAUUUCUUUAGACCCUCCAGUCGUGCAUCAUCGCGUGGUGAGGCACCGUGAUGAGGUGCCUCUUAACGUGGAGAAUAAAUUGAAAUGGGUUGCACUUCAUGGUUAAGCUAAAAUUGGAGCAUAAGUCAGUGGUUAAGCUAAAUACUGUACGAUUUGGCUAAAAUUGGAGCAUAAGCCAGAGGUUAAGCUAAAUACUAUACGAUCCAAAUCAAACUAUGCAUGCAUGUUCGAAAUGAUCUUUUAAUUUAGUCAAGUACAUGAAAAGGUGAACCAAUAACUGAUGAAAAAUUUAUUUUUUCCUUAACACACUAAUCUAGGUUAAUACCUUAUUUUGGCCUGAACUAUGACCAUAUAAUCAACUUUGGCUCGUGGUUUCAGAGAUUAACAUCUUGUCCUCAACUGACAACUAUGCAGCAUAUUGACUCAUUGACCCGACACAUGGUUUGACCAUUAAUUUGGAAGGUCCGUUGACCGUUAGUUAACACGCCAUGUCAUUGUCUCGUCAACCUAAAAAUUAUUAUAAAAUUCAAAUUCAAAUUAUUUUUCUAAUUUCUAUUAUUUAUCAUUUUCAAAUUAAACAAAAAAUAAAAUAUUCAAUUUAUUUUAUAAUUUUAAUUUAUUGGUUAAUUUGAUAAUGAUAAAUAAUAUAAAUUAGGAAAAUAAUUUGAAUUUGAAUAUUUUUAAUGAUUUUUAUGCUGACAAGGCAAUGACAUGGCGUGUUGACUAACAGUCAAUGGUUUUGACCGUCCAAAUUGACUGUCAACCCAUGUGUCGGGCCAAUUGAGUCAAUAUGUUGUAUAAUUGAGGCUAGGAUGUUAAUUUCUGAAACCACAUGCCAAAGUUGAUUAUAUGGUCAUAGUUUAGACUCAAAUAAAGUAUUAAACCUUAAUUCUAACAUGUAUGUACAAUUUUAAUACCCUAAAUCCAAGUAAAUGUUUGAGUAACCCAACUUGUACCAGGCGUCAUUCUCAUUAACACAAUGUCAUAUGGAGACACGAUCAUUUAUACUCUUUGACAGAGUGUGUUUGUGAAAUUAGGGUUGAGACUUGGGUCCCGAUGUGGAGUUUGGAGAAUGUUCAAGUGAAUUAAUUGGGAAGUGGACCGAGUCCACAGUCUAAAACAAAUUAUAACAAGUAGUCAAAACAUCAUAUAAUACAGAUCAUUCUUAGCAGUCUAUUGUUCAAACCAAAUAGUGAUCUAGUUUGGUUUGUGAUUUUCUUAACAAUUUGGUUUAUUUUUCCUACUCUAUAGAAAAGAUUCUCUCGUGUGAGGAAAUUUAUUUGCAUGAGACAGAAAGAUCAUUAGCUAAUCUAAAAUGGUACAACUUAUCGGGUAUACUCUUGAAACACUUAGGAGUGCUAACCCUAAAUCAACAUAAUAAUAGAGUUAUGUGCUUACCAAAUAGAGUGGUUGGAAUUUAAACACAAAAUACCUAAAUCAUUAAAGAUUGAUAUCAUAUAAAUAGUAACCAAUUAA